UUUAGUGGACGUAAAAAAACACAGGAUCAAGAGCACUGCAGAGUACUUCCAAGAGACCCCAAAGGAAACCCAAAAUAAAACCAGCGGCAGCGCAGUGAACCCUUCUCUAUCACUAGUCACCAACAGAGACAGUCUGGGAAACAAUGGCGUCGAAGCUAGCUCAGUUGCAAUCAAAGGUUUCUCAGGCCUCGCAAUUUGUGGCUAAGCAUGGUACUACCUACUAUAAGCAGCUAUUAGAGCAGAACAAGCAGUACAUCCAGGAACCACCCACUGUUGAGAAAUGCAAUCUUUUGUCUAAACAGUUGUUUUACACUCGCCUUGCAAGUAUUCCUGGCCGGCGUGAAGCAUUCUGGAAGGAGCUUGAUUAUGUCAAGCAUCUGUGGAAAAAUAGGCAGGAGCUAACUGUUGAGGAUGCUGGCAUUGCUGCUUUGUUUGGAUUGGAGUGCUUCGCGUGGUUUUGUGCUGGAGAAAUUGUAGGUCGAGGAUUCACAUUCACCGGCUACUAUGUUUGAGAGUGCUGCAUCAAGAUGAGCUUCCUUUAGAGUCGAAUUGAUAAAAGCUUCAAGUAUUUUUCCUUUCUUCCUUUUAUUGUUAAAUUGUCCAUCACAUACAUGACUACAUAAUAAAAUUGGAAACCAAGUUAGGAACAACUCAUUUUGAGAAUAAUCUUUAUUCUGUUACAAUAUGCACCUACCUCUCUGGCAAUUGGAGUUGAUAAAUUUUUCAUUGUCAAAUGGGUUGGAAACAUUCACUCUUGUGUAAUCAUUGUGAGGGAAGUGAUUGUGGUUGGCUUUGGAACUAGGAUUGUGUUCUAUCUAAGAUCUAUUUGAAAGCCCAACCGAGAUUUUUAAGUAGAGCAUGUGUACUUUAGUGUCCUUAACUAUAGCAUCUUUUUAGCAUUUACGCCAUGUACUUUGGUUUGUUACAAAUAAAGAUAUGUUCUUGUGCA